UGAUUGUGAUAACAAUGUCCUUUUCUUUCUCUCCUCACCAGAGGUCUUACACAUUAAUCUUGGAGGCUUGGGAUCAGGACAACGGCACGAGUGGUGAUCAGCUGAUAGAACGUGCCGCCCACACGGGCAUGAUCAACCCCGGGAGCCGCUGGCAGACGCUGCAGCACAACGGCCCCGUGGCUCACAUCGAGUACCAGAUCCGAGUCAAGUGCGACGACCACUACUACGGCACCGGCUGCAACAAGCUGUGCCGGCCGCGAGAUGACUUCUUCGGCCAUUACGUUUGCGACCAGAAUGGGAACAAGAUCUGUGUGGACGGGUGGAUGGGGAACGACUGCAGGCAAGCUAUUUGUAAGCAAGGCUGCCAUUCAAUCCACGGGAGCUGUGAGGUCCCUGGGGAAUGCAAGUGCUUGUACGCGUGGCAAGGCCAGUUCUGUGACGAGUGCGUUCCGUACCCUGGUUGCGUGCACGGCACCUGCGUGAAUCCCUGGCAGUGUAACUGCGAGACCAACUGGGGCGGCUUGCUGUGCGACAAAGACCUGAACUACUGUGGGACCCACCACCCGUGCAUCAACGGAGGCACCUGCAUGAACACUGAACCGGAUGAAUACCAUUGCGUGUGUUCUGAAGGCUACUCUGGCAAGACAUGUCAGAUUGCUGAGCACGCCUGUGUCUCCAAUCCUUGUGCAAAUGGGGGCACUUGCCAUGAGGUGCCGUCAGGCUUCGAGUGUCACUGUCCUUCAGGCUGGAACGGGACCACGUGUGCUAACAAUAUAAAUGACUGUGCCUCGAGCCCCUGUGCUCAUGGUGGGACUUGUAUUGAUCGAGUUAAUGGCUUUGAAUGCAUCUGCCCACAGCAGUGGGCCGGGAAGACAUGCCAGCUUGAUGCUAAUGAGUGUGAGGGGCACCCUUGCGUAAGUGCUUACUCUUGCAGAAAUUUGAUUGGAGGAUAUUAUUGCGACUGCAUUCCUGGAUGGUCUGGCCAGAACUGUGACGUCCGUGACGAUGAGUGCCAUGGACAGUGCCAGCAUGGAGGGACUUGUAAGGGGCACGAAGGACAGGGCUACAAGUGUCUGUGCCCACGUGGGUACAUCGGCAGAAGCUGUGAGGUGGAAAUCGAUGAGUGUGCGAGCAAGCCUUGCUAUAACGGUGGGCAGUGCCAAGAUCUGGUCGGAGGCUUCUAUUGUCGCUGUUUGCAGGGUUAUUCUGGACCCCACUGUGAGACGAAGAUUAAUUACUGUGCUCCCAGCCCUUGUCAGAAUGGUGCCAAGUGCUACGUCCUUGAAAGAGAUUACUACUGCGCUUGCCCAGAGGAAUACGAGGGCAAAAACUGUUCAUUCCUCAAGGACCACUGCAGGAACACUCCCUGCCGAGUGAUUGACAGCUGCACUGUGGCGGUCUCCAGCAACACCACCCGCGAGGGCACCCGCCUGAUCUCCUCCAACGUGUGCGGGCCUCACGGCCAGUGCAUCAGCCAGCCGGCCGGCAACUUCACCUGUGCCUGCCAUCGUGGCUUCACCGGCAACUACUGCCACGAAAAUAUCAACGACUGCGCCCGGAAUCAGUGCAGGAACGGAGGGACGUGCAUCGACGGAGUGGACUCCUAUCAGUGCGCUUGUCCCGACGGAUGGGAAGGGGAGCUCUGUGAGAUCGACUACAAUAACUGUGAUCCCAACCCCUGCCUGAACGGAGGUCGCUGUGUGGACGGAGUCAACGACUUCUACUGUGAAUGCACCAACAGCUGGAAAGGGAAAACCUGCCACUCCAAGGAGAAGCAGUGCGACGCAAACACCUGCAGCAACGGAGGCGUCUGUCACGACGUGGGAGACACUUUUCACUGUGUGUGUCCCACUGGUUGGGGAGGCAACACCUGCAAUCUCGCUAAAAGCAGCAGCUGUGCCCCCAACCCCUGCCAGAACGGGGGCACCUGUGUGGGGAGCGGUGACACCUUUACCUGCGUGUGCAAAGAGGGGUGGGAGGGCCCGAGUUGCACCCAGAAUAAGAACGACUGCAACCCUCACCCCUGCUACAAUGGAGGCAUCUGUGUGGACGGCGUGAACUGGUUUCGGUGCGAGUGCGCGCCAGGUUUCGCUGGUCCAGACUGCAGAAUCAACAUCGAUGAAUGCCAGUCGUCCCCUUGUGCCUAUGGUGCCACUUGUGUGGACGAGAUCAAUGGGUACAGGUGCCUCUGCCCGCCCGGGAGAGCCAGCUCCAGAUGCCAGGAAGUCGUUGGUUUUCGGAAGUCGUGCUUCAUGUCGGGACAGCAUUAUCCUCACGGAAUCCAUUGGGAGCAAGACUGUAACAGCUGCCGCUGUCUGAACGGCAACGUGAGCUGCACCAAGGUUUGGUGUGGCCAGAAGUCGUGUGUGCUGCCCGGCAGACCAGGCUACAAGAGCUUCCAGUGCCCAGAGGCUCAACGAUGCCAAGCCAGCCCCGCCACCAAGUGCUUCUCUCCCCCCUGCAGUGACUGGGGCAUCUGCAAUGCCCCGAAUACCAUGGCUGUCAGCUCCAAGUGUCAGCCCAACAUGGCUCGUCUGGACAGCAACUGUGCCAAGAUUACACUCCUCUUCAACAGAGCCAAGAUGCCAGAGGGCAUCACCGUGGAAUACAUUUGCUCCGAGCUGAGGUACCUCCCAGUCCUGCACCACCUAGCUCAGCAGCGCAGACUCUAUGUGCUGUGCGACCUGGCCAACACCAUCGACAGUGCGGUGGAGGUGGCCAUAUCCUUCGGGGGCCAGCCGAGCAAGGAGCCGGACGACACUCUGAUCCGGGAGGUGGCCAAGAGCAUCGUCAGCACCAUCACCUCCCGGCAGAACAGCACCGUGAUGCUGGCCGUCAUCGAGGUCAAGAUAGAGACUGUCGUCCUUCCACCUUCCCAGCCAGGGUACUUUGUUCCUUUGCUCUGUGUGUCCUUCGGCACAGUCUGGCUGAUCUGCAUCAUCAUCUGCGUGUGGUGGACCCGGAAACGGAGGAAAGAGCGCGAGAGAAGCCGUCCGCCCAUCGAGGAGACCGUCAACAAUCAGUGGGAGCCCCUCAACCCCAUCAGGAACCCUAUAGACAGGGGCUGCAGCAAUAAAGACAUUCAGUGCGAAUGCAAAAAUUUAAUGGCUCCUCACAACAGGACUCUGGAGGGCGAGGAAGGAGAGGAAGAGGAGGAAGAGGAAGAGGAGGAAGGAGAGGAGCCAGGAAUGGACAAACGCCCCUCCCAGCGCUGCACAAUUACCUUUUUGCCAGCGAAAGGAGACUCCAGCUCAGUCCGCAACAGCGUUCCCGUCAAACAGCCCCACCGGACAGGCAAGAGAGACAACCGGUACUUCAAAAAUGUGAACGCUGUGUAUCAUGAAGGAGGUAAGGACUUGUCAGUAUGAGCGG